ACAUGGCGGACAGGACAGCGAAAGUUUAGUCGCUGAAUUCUUUGUUGCACAUUGUUUCUCUUCAGACAACAAUACAAGGAUUAACACUUUAUUAUUAUCGUAUACAGGAUGCAAAAGGUUACGAGCAACCUCUUUUAAUAAAUUAGACCCUGCACGUGUUGCAAUAUGCCCCCAAAGGCUGCAGCGAAACCCGCACCUAAGGGUCCUGUGAAGCCAGCGGCAAAACCGCCAGCAAAAGUUGCUUCGGGGACAAAAGUUGGAGGAGCAGCAACCACUGGAGGACCCAAGAAGACGGUGGCACCAGAAGGAAAGAAUAAAAAAGAUGUCAGCAUUGAACCACCCAAGGAGAGAGUGUGGACGGCAGAGGACUAUGCAGCCUGCAAGAUACAAACUAAGUAUCGUGGAUAUAUAGCCGCAAAAGCACUAAAGAAAAAGCAGCAGGAGAAGAGGGAAUAUGAAGAACUCAUGGAUAAACUUGAAAAAGAGGCUUUCUUACAUUUAGUAAGAAUGGAACAAGAGGAAGCACAGAGGAGACAGCAAAAAGAAGAUGAGGAACGUAAGCAGAAAGCAGAGGAAAGAAAGCGAAUAACCCGCAUGCUUGAAGCUGCAUUUGAUGGCGAUGUGGAUGGCAUGAAACAGAUUUUAAAAGAGGUUGUGGAGGUAGACAACAAGAAUAAUAUUGGCAAUGAUGUAAUUGGAAAAGCAUUGCGCACUCGUCAUUUGAUGAGCAUCAUUGAAUGUGAAGAUGCCAAUGGCAACACACCGCUAUCUGAAGCAGCAACUGCAGGACAUGUAGAGAGCAUCAAAUUUUUACUAGAAAACGGAGCUGAUCCGAACACCAAGGGGCAAUUUCAACGAACUCCGUUAUAUCGUGCUGCAUUUGCUGGUCACAUGGAGGCAGUUGAAUGUCUUUUGCAAAAUGGGGCAGAUCCUCGCUUGUUUGCUGCAGAUGGUCAAACACCAGAGCAUGUUGCUUCAGUAGAGGCUAUAGCUCAACUUUUGUCAGAAUGGAACAUUUCUCAAACAGAGGUAUUGCUUAGGAAACUAGAACAAGCCAAGGAGAGAAGGGCUGAGGAGGAGAAAAAAGAACAGGAAGCAGAGACAUUGAAGCUUGAAAACCAGGUUGAGCAGGCAGAGAAAGAGUUUGAAACAGCGCAAAAGAAGCUGAACAAGGCCUACCAGGAGCUGGAGCGUCGCAUUACUGAGCAUGACAAUGCUGUGGCUUCAGGAUUUGAGCGCACAGAUAUCACACUUCAGGUAAUUCAUGAUGCUGAAGCAGACUUGGAACUUACCAAAAUUGAAACAGAGAAGCUGCGGGACAAACUUGCACAGAUGAGACUUAGGCUGAGGGAAAACCAGACUGGGAAGGAAACAGAUCUGAAUGAUGAGCUGCCAGGGAUCAAGGUUAUGGUGAAAGAACUGGAUGAUGUGCUUUUUAGGGACAUUGGCAACAAAAUUAAAGAUUCAGGAAAGUGGCCCCUUAUUAUCGACACAUCUGGACAAGCCACCACUUUUCUGCGCUAUCGUGACACCAACUACAUCAACACCAUAAGGCCUACUGACAUGGAGGAGGGCCGGUUACGACUAGCUAUCGUGGGUGCACUGCGGUUUGGUAAGCCGCUGGUUCUUGACAUGCUGGAGGUUAACAUGUUUCAAACCAUUUGUGACCGCUUUGACCAGAUCAUGCCAGGCCUGAUGAAGAGCAUAAUGGAUAGAUCUAUAUUGAAAAAUGAGAAGUACAUGGGUCUUGUUAAAAAAGAAGAUGGCCCAGAGUAUGAGAGAACAAAGUUCAAUGAUCUCCGGCUGGAAAAUUUUAAACUGUUUAUCGUCUCCAAAAAUCCUUUUCCACCAGAAAACCUCAUCGAAAGUAUGUAUGUAAUUAGAGUUUGUCUUCCAGGAUAACAGUAAUCGACAGAGUGAACAAUUUAAGUCAGGAAGUAUAAAGCAAUGCAUGGUAGGAAGAUAUACUUCUGUGUCUCAAACUAUUGCCUUAUAUGCAUGGUGUGUUUAUUGCAAUUUAAAGGAAAUGUGUGUAUCAACAGUGUACAUGUACAUCUGAUUAGAGUAUAUGCUGCACUGACACCACUUACAUUAGCCAUGUUACAGGGAUCAGAUUAACAACAAAGUAUUACAGGUUUGAAGAAUUAAAAUGUGUGUAUGAUAUGCACAAAUGUACAGUUGCUGGACUUGAACAUAUGCAGUAUUGUCAUUUUAUAAAUGAGGUGGCUAUUGCAGGAUGAAUAAGGUAGGUUGAGAAUGAAUGAAAGUCAACUUUUCCAAGAGAAUGGAAAAAAAA